GCAAACAACUUCCAAACAGACAAUACAAAAAAGUUGUUACAUGAAGGUAGAAACCAUGGAGAGCCACAUUCCUAUCAACAUGGCAGAGAAGGAAGUGAAGAAGCCGGUGGAGAAUUCCCAUCGCUAUUCCAGUAAGGCUGGAAUAUUCUGCACUGCCAUCCAUUACAUUUCAGGAGAAAUGAAGGAGUUUGGAAACUGGAUGAAAGAUAAACCCAUCAUCUUCCAGUUCAUUGACUGGGUGCUGCGUGGAGCGUCUCAGGUCAUGUUUGUCAGCAAUCCUCUGAGUGGACUAAUCAUUAUCGGUGCACUCUUCCUCCAAAACCCAUGGUGGGCGAUCGCAGGAUGCCUGGGAACUGUAAUGUCCACACUCGCCGCUCUCCUUCUCAGUCAGGACAGGUCAGCUAUAGCGGCGGGACUCCACGGAUACAGUGCAAUGUUAGUGGGGCUACUUAUAGCUGUAUUCUCGGCUAAAGGAGACUGGUACGGAUGGCUACUUUUCCCUGUGGCUGUCAUGUCAAUGAUAUGCCCGAUUCUGUCCAGUGCGCUGGGUUCCAUUUUCAGUAAGUGGGACCUGCCAGUUUUUACUCUGCCGUUCAAUAUUGCGGUUUGCCUGCAUUUGGCUGCCACCGGGCCCCACAAUGUAUUCUUCCCCACUGUGAACUUUCAUCCUACAACUGCCACCCCGAACAUCUCCUGGUCUGACGUCGACAUACAAAUGCUGCUGAAAUCUGUGCCGGUCGGUGUGGGGCAGGUAUACGGGUGUGAUAACCCGUGGAGCGGUGGCAUGAUGCUGGUCGGUCUCUUCAUUUCCUCCCCAAUCAUUUGCAUGCACGCUGCUAUUGGAUCUGCAAUGGGGAUGAUUGCAGGAUUAAGCAUUGCCGCCCCAUUUAACAUGAUCUAUUUUGGACUGUGGGGCUAUAACUCAGUGCUCGGCUGUAUUGCAGUGGGGGGGAUGUUCUACGCUCUUACCUGGCAGACCCACCUUCUGGCCAUUGCUUGCGCUUUGUUGUGUGCCUACGUAGGAGCAGCAUUGGCUAAUGUGAUGGCAGUGGUUGGGUUGCCGUCUUGCACUUGGCCGUUCUGCCUGACGACUCUCACGUUUGUCGUAAUGACCACAAAAAAUCCCGGCAUUUACAAACUGCCUCUGUCCAAAGUCACCUACCCCGAGGCCAACAGGAUCUACUAUCUCAACCUGAAGAAGGAAAAAAAAGAACAGUGUAACACAUAAGCACCGAUUCUGGACUCUUCUCUCUGAGCUUUA